AAAAAAAAAACAACAACAAAACCCCAUCAGCCGAGCCGAGCCGAGGCUCGCUGACAUCACUGCUGGCGUCGUCUCCACCGUAAUCCUUCCUGCAUGUGAGGAGAGUAACUGAAUUAGUCUCAGAUUCCAUCACUCCAUUCGUAUCUCAUCCUCCACGAUAUGCCACGUGUCCCAUGGACCCCACCUACCCACCCCUAUAAAACCCCCAAAAUCAACUCUCAAUCCAUUAAUCGAAUCGAAUUGAAUUGUGUGUAAGCUGAGUUCAUCGUCCAUCAAUGGCUCCCGAGAAUUUCAACCCUAAUGGCAAUGCAUCUAAUUUGCCAUGGGAGGAUGGUUUUCUUGAUUCACUGUCUAUUGUAAACUCUGAGAAAGCCGUAAAGGAAGUCAUCCAACCGCCUCUUGUUGAAGGGAUUGAUGAUCAUCUUGUGGAGUUUUCAGAGGCCAUGAGAACUGUUAGUAAGGUCUUAAGACGAGCAGCAGAGGGGAAAGCUUCUGCUCAAGCUGAGGCGUCAGAAUGGAAACGUAAAUAUGAACUGGAGAGAGAACGGAAUCGACAGUUGGAAAAUACAGAGCUUAACAGUAACUACACUGUGGAGAAAGGUGACAACUCAGCAGACCACCUUAAACUCAUGUCUGAAACCGAUGAACCAUCUCAAUUUUGUAAUGAAAAAAAUGGAAUUUACUCUCAUGAGGUUCUUCGAGACAGGGAGCAUAACGCGUAUUCCAAUGUUCAUGGCAAGCUUAUCAGGAAGGCAUCAUUCAAGCUACAAUGGUAUUGUAAAGGUGAAAAGAACGAUCAACAUAAACACGAUAUUGUCUCCUUUGAAAAGGGAAAUAUAACGACAGCAGAACGUAGCAGCAAACAGAUUUGUUUGAAGUGGGAAUCUCCUCCACAGACUGUUCUCAUCCUGACAAAACCAAAUUCGACUUCUGUUAAAGUUAUUUGUGCAGAAAUGGUUAGGUGGUUGAAGGAGAAGAAGUUAAAUAUUUAUGUGGAACCAAGGGUAAGAACAGAACUCGUAACGGAGUCCGCAUACUACGACUUUGUGCAGACUUGGAAAGAUGAUGAUGGCUUUUUGCUUCUGCAUGAGAAAGUUGAUCUUGUUGUAACUCUUGGCGGGGAUGGAACCGUGCUUUGGGCAGCAUCAAUGUUUAAAGGCCCGGUUCCUCCAAUUGUGCCAUUUUCUUUGGGCUCGUUGGGCUUUAUGACUCCAUUUCAUAGUGAACAAUACAAAGAAUGUCUUAAAUCAAUCCUCCAAGGUCCAAUUAGUAUCACACUUCGACAUCGUUUGCAGUGCCACGUGAUUCGUGAAUCGGCUAAAACCGAGGACGAGACCGAAGAGCCAAUACUCGUGUUAAACGAGGUUACCAUUGACCGUGGGAUUUCAUCAUUCCUUACAAAUCUCGAAUGUUAUUGUGAUAACUCAUUUGUCACGUGUGUACAAGGAGAUGGCUUGAUCUUAUCAACCACUUCGGGAAGCACUGCAUACUCCCUUGCCGCCGGAGGUUCCAUGGUCCAUCCACAGGUUCCUGGCAUCUUAUUCACCCCAAUAUGUCCACAUUCCUUGUCGUUCCGACCUCUAAUAUUACCAGAGUACGUAACACUUAGAAUCCAAGUCGCCCUCAAUAGUCGAGGUCCUGCAUGGGUGUCGUUUGAUGGGAAAGAUCGAAAACAAUUGAGUCAAGGUGAUGCACUUGUGUGCAGCAUGUCUAUCUGGCCUGUGCCCACAGCUUGUAGAGGGGAUUCCACCAAUGACUUCUUGCACAGCAUUCAUGAAGGCCUGCAUUGGAACUUGAGAAAGACUCAAUCUGGUGACGGACCCCGAGACUCGUGAUUAACGAGUCGGCGGGUUUGAUCAUUGGUGGUGUUGUAGUUUAGCUUGUAAUUUUAUGUGGUGAAUGAUGUAGAUUAUAGGUGGAUAACCAGUUAGUGACCAAGAUUGAAGUAAUUUAUACAAACAACUAG